CAGCAGCAACGAACACCAGGAUAAUCAUGAACGCUUUUGUCGUUGUGCUCAGCGCCCUAGUGGCUUGCGCCUCAGCAGGAGGUCUCGCGCAUGGCGGCGGAUACGGCGGAGGACUCGCUUAUGGCGCCGGUCGCGGCUACGGUGCCGGCCUGGGUUAUGGAGGCGGUCUGGGAUACGGAGCUGGCUUCGGCGGCGGAGCUGGUCUGGGAUUUGGAGGUGGCCUAGGCGGCGGAGCCGGUCUUGGACUCGGCGGUGGCCUCGGUGGCGCCGCCGGUCUUGGCCUUGCUGCUGGACUUGGAGCCGGAGUCGGCGUCGGAGUCGGUGGAACCCUCGCCGGCGGUGGCGUCGCCAGCGCCCCUCGUCUUGUCGGCGUUGGACCAGCCGUAACCCAAAGUGUUGCCACCGUCUCAGUUGUCAGACAGCCAGUCGUCCAGCAGCACCAUGUCACUCGCCAGGUGGUCAACUACGUCAGAGCCCCAGUAACCACUGUGUCCCACAACGUGAGGCCAGUUGUGCUCAACCAUGCUGCUGGCUUCGGCGGCGGCGCCGGUCUUGGAGGCGCUGGUCUCGGUGGAGCUGGUCUCGGUGCCGGUUACGGCCUUGCCGGAGGGUACGGCGCCGGAGCCGGUCUGAAGGGAGGUUACGGUCUUGCCGGAGGCUACGGCGCCGGAGCCGGUCUGAAGGGAGGUUACGGUCUUGCCGGAGGCUACGGCGCGGGAGCAGGUCUGAAGGGAGGUUACGGUCUUGCCGGAGGCUACGGCGCGGGAGCAGGUCUGAAGGGAGGUUACGGUCUUGCCGGAGGCUACGGCGCGGGAGCCGGUCUGAAGGGAGGCUACGGAGCUGCUGGAGGCUAUGGCAAGGGAUGGUAGAAUCACCCUGCGAACUUCAAGACAGUAUUUAAAU